AUUUAGUCUCUUUUUCUAUUUUCUUUUACUAUUAUCAUUUUUUUUUUUCCGUCAAGAAGAAAUAAUAAAAUAAUGACGACAGAAUAUUCACCUUUAUUGCAACAGGCAAAACCACCUAUUUCAAGACCAAAACCUCGAAGAAGAAGGUCCUCAUUUGACCCUUCUACUUAUAAUAGUAUUGGUAAUAUUACUCUAAGUGGCAAUAGUGAAGGAGAAGAAGUCAAUCGAGAGGGACUUCAUUUAUUAGAGAUUUUGGGUUUAACUAUUUGUAUGGCUGGUGUACAAUUUACAUGGACUGUUGAGCUAUCCUAUGGUACACCUUAUUUGUUAUCCCUCGAUUUAUCAAAAGAAUUAACAGCAUUAGUAUGGUUAGCAGGCCCACUUUCAGGUCUCAUUGUGCAGCCAUUAAUUGGAGCUUUUAGCGAUAAAUGUACUUCCCGCUUUGGUAAAAGAAGACCCUUUAUUGUCGUAGCAGGGGUAUUAACCUGCUUAUCUAUGAUUGGUGUUGCUUAUGCAAAAGAACUUGGCAAUUGGGCAGCUCGAAAUUUAUAUACUACUAACAUUGAAGAGAUGAGCCAUUUAUUUGCUAUUAUCGUUGCAGUUUCAUCUUUUUAUUUUUUAGACUUUACUUUAAAUGCUGUUCAGGCUAUUUGCCGUGCUCUCAUUUUAGAUAUACCUCCAUUAUGGCAACAAGAAUAUGCAAAUGCUUGGAGUGCUCGUAUGAGUAAUUCAGCAAUGGUGAUUGGUUAUUUCGUUGGCUUUGUUGAUCUUGUAACCUACACACCAUGGCUGGGUGAUUCACAAAUCAAAUGUUUUUGCAUCGUUGCCAUCGUCGUCUUUAUUUCUGCAUUGGCUAUCACUUGCCUUAGUGUUAAGGAGACACCUUAUAGUGAAGAAUUAAAUGAACAGCAACAUGAUGAUCAGAAAUGGUAUAGUACACUUCAAUAUAUUUGGAGAGCUUUUAGAUUUUUACCAAAGCCUAUACAAUCACUUUGUAAUACACAAUUUUUUGCUUGGAUGGGAUGGUUUCCAUUCCUUUUCUAUAGUACACAAUGGGUUUCAGAUCUUUAUUUUGCAUCUCAUCCAUCAGGCGAUUGGGCAGAGGGCACACGAGCUGGCUCAUUUGCCUUUCUUUGCAAUUCUAUCGUAUCUGUCGUUGCAGGUGUUCUCCUUCCAUCUCUUGUAGCCCAUAAUCGUCUAUUUACGUUACUCAAUCUCUAUACAGCCUCCCAACUCAUUAUUGCCGCCUGUUUAUUAUCAGCUUGGUUCAUUAAGUCUGUUACUAUGGCCACCAUUAUGGUAGGUAUCAUGGGUAUACCCUGGGCUAUUGUCUUAUGGAUUCCAUUUUCACUCGUUGGUGAAUAUGUCAGUUUUGAAGAUGAACAAAGACAAAAGAAAAGCAAUGAUAUUGAAGAACGCAAUAAUGAAUUUGACGCAGGCAUGAUCUUGGGUGUUCAUAAUAUGUACAUUGUCUUUCCUCAAUUUGCUGUAGCUAUCAUUGCAUUUAUCAUCUUUUAUAUAGCUACCUCAGGUAACGUGGGGAUUGUAUUAGCAUUUGGUGGUUUAAUGGCCCUUGUUGCUACAGUCAUGAGUAGACAUAUUAUUCGUGUCAAAAAAUGAUCUACCAAAAAUCCAGGGGUAAAAAAAAAAAGAAAACAAUAUUUGAUAAAUAAAGUUUUAUAUAUAAUUCUUUCUCUUUCUCUUUGUUUUCCUUAAAAAAAA